CGCCGGAAGGAGUCUGUUAACACGAGGUUGUAAACGUGGGAGCUGGGAGUGAGCUGUUGGUACUGUGGUUAGCGCGAUGCCCAAGGCCAAGGGCAAGACUCGGAAGCAGAAGUUUGGGUACAAUGUUAACCGAAAGCGUCUGAACCGGAAUGCUCGACGGAAGGCAGCGCCGCGGAUCGAGUGCUCCCACAUCCGACAUGCCUGGGACCGCACCAAAUCGGUGCGGCAGAACCUGGCGGAGAUGGGGUUGGCCAUGGACCCCAAUAAAGCUGUUCCCUUUCGUAAGAGAAAGGUGAAGCCUAUGGAGGUGGACAUGGAGGAGAGGCCCAAAGAGCUUGUGCGGAAGCCUUAUGUGCUAAAUGGUAGGUAUGGGCUUCCUGUGGACCAUUGUCCUGCCAGCCAGAGUUGGAAAGGGCCCUCACUAUCACUUUCCAGCUGCAGAGAUGAAAGUUCAGAGGGAAGCAGAGUGUUCAGAGUUAGGACUGAGCUCUUGGCUGAGAUAUUUUCAGGCUAGUACUGACUAAACUGAAGUAUAUAGACUGAGGUCAAAGAUGUUAAGAGAAAAUUAUAGCCAGGUGCCUGAGAGGAUAUAAAAGAAGCCAUUAAGUAUUUGUUUGACCUCUUGGGAGUUUGAGGAUGAACUGAUUUAUAUAGAU